AUGUCAAAUAAUAAUAAUAAACGAACUCAUAAACGACAGAAAUCGUCGGUCCUGGCUCCUUUCUAUUUUAUAGAUCAAAAUCAAGGUCAAUCAUCACCUCAACAAUCACAGUCUCAACAGCAACAACAUCAAAUACAUCAACUGCCUCAACAUAAUUUACAACAAGCAACUCCUACAAAUCAUCAAUCUCAAAUCUAUGAUGCUGAUCCUUAUUCAUUUAAUUAUAAUUUCCCUAAUAAGCCUGUGGCAUCAUCAUCUGCAUACCCAGCUGAGCCUGAUACAAGAAAUAUACAUUCUUCUCCAUUAAAGAGACCGGCUCCAAAUGAUGACGAUGAUCAUCAUCAACAUCAACAACAGCAUCAUUUACUUCAACAGCAACAACUUCUGCACCAACAGCAACAACAACAAACUCCGUAUUACCCAUUCACUUCUUCUCCUCAUGUUCAAUCAUUAUAUUCAAAUGUAGAUACUUCUCAACUUGCAAAUACAAAUACAUCUACUUUUCAAACUCCAUUGCAGAAUUUUCAACCAAUUACAACGUCAGCCAAUUCUUCUCCAUUUUUAAAUCAACAACCAGUACAACAUAGUCAUUCAGCUCCUCCAACUCAACAACAACAACAGCAGCAUCAUCAACAACAAUAUCCAUCUAAUUUUGAUACUACCAACGUGUAUCCCACGGCAUCAUUUAAUUAUCAAAAAAUAACUGACUUUGGCCCACCUUCUACAUCAUUACAACCAAUUUCUACAGCUGGUACUAUAACUGGUUCAAGUAAAUCCCAUUUAGCAUCUGCAUUUAAACAACAUCAAAGAAACAAUUUAUCUAUUUCAUCACAUUUUAAUCUAUUUUCAUUAACUGAAGAUGCAUCUAAGAGACAAGAUCAACAACAAUCUAAUCCAGACCCUAAUCAUAGAGUGACUAUUGCUGGUAGAGUUGUGACUGAAUUAUUAUCUGAUUUAAUUAAGGUUGAUAGUUCAAACAUUAAUAAUUAUUUACUAUCAAUUUUAAAGAAAAUUAAUUCACCUCUUCCUGUUGAUGAUUUUUACAAUUUAUUAUAUAAUAAUGAUAGACUAGAUGCUGUUUUCAAUACCAAAAUUGAUGAUAAAAUUGAUAAGACUAAAGUUCCACCCAAUCAAAUAAAUCCAAGUAUUACAAGUUCAGGUCCUGCUAGUAAUGAAGAUGUUUCAAUUAUUUUAAUUAAUGAAUUAUUAAAUAUUUUCAAAAAUACAAAUCUUUUGGUGGAAUACUUUCCCGAAUUAGCCAAUGAAGAAAAUAAAUUAAGUCAUAUCAAUUAUCAUGAAUUAUUACGAACAUUUCUCGCCAUUAAGAUUUUAUAUGAUGUUUUGGUAGAAUUGCCCUUGGCUGAUGACGAUGAUCCUUUGAAUUAUACUAUCCCAAGAUUAUCAAUUUAUAAGACUUAUUACAUCGUUUGUCAAAAAUUGAUCAUAAAAUAUCCAAGUUCAUCCAAUACAACUAAUGAACAACAAAAGUUAAUCCUUGGUCAAUCUAAAUUAGGUAAAUUGAUUAAAUUGGUAUAUCCCAACUUAUUAAUUAAGAGAUUGGGUAGUAGAGGUGAAUCAAAAUAUAACUAUUUGGGUGUGAUUUGGAAUAGUAACAUUAUUAAUGAUGAUAUUAAUCAAUUGAGUGAAAGUAAUGAUAUAGUUGAAUUAAAUGAAAUCUUUAAGGGAGAUCAAAAGGCUCCUAGAUUAUCAUUAUCAAGCAUUUUGCCUAAGAAAACUCAUAGACGAAGUUCAAGUAAAGGUAAAUUUAAACCUGACUUUUCAAAAUCAGAUCUUAGUAAAGCACUGGAUGUAUUUAUAUCAUCAAGUAGUCAACAACAAGUUCCAUUAACUACUCUUGAUCCGCAUCAAUCACAACAACUUCGACCACCUUUUGAUCAAAGUGAUCCACAAGCAGGUCCAUCACUGCAACAACAAUUCCAUCAACAAAUUCCUCAAGAUUUAUCUCAACCUUCUGUUCCUAAAUAUCGUGAUUUAAUUACUACGCCCAAUUUAUCGUUCAUAAAACCAUUUUUGAAAUAUCCUUCCGAUGAUAGUUUCACUGUAUUACAUGAUGAAGAAAAUUGGUUUAGUGAAUUGAAAUUUAAGAUUUAUUCUACUCAUUCUCAAAUUUCUCGAUCUUUAAUUCAUCAAAUAUUUCUUGAUAGUGAUAAUUUACAGAAUAAUAAUAGUAUACUUCAGAAUCUUGUUGGAGCCGUUAUAAAACCAUUGAUAGCAACUGCUUCGACAACUACAGAUGUGGUGGAUGGUCGAAUUGAUUUACAUCUUUAUUUAAUCAUCUUGGUGGAGAUAUUACCAUACCUAUUAUUAAUUAAAUCAUCAACCAAUAUUUAUUUUUUAAAGAGUUUGAGAUUAAAUUUAUUACACUUGAUUAAUAAUCUCAAUAAUGAAAUCAAAAAAUUGGAUUCAUCAUUAUUCAGUCUUGAAAAUUCAACUAUAUUUUUAAUAUUACUUAAGAAAAUGAUCAAUUUGAAUGAUUUGUUAAUAACCUUUAUUAAACUUAUAAUUAAAGAUAAUACUAAAUCAAUCAUGACAAAUGAUAUUGAGAAUUUUCUUAAAACUAAUCAACCAAGUGAUAUACCGUCUCAACCAUCUGUGGCUGGGGUUAAAGUUGAAGAGUCUGAUGAUGAUAGUAGUUUUUUACUUAAUUUAAAUACCUUUGGAGAUUUAAAUUUUAAUUUCAAAAAUGAUAUUUUAUCGAAUGAUAUGAUUUAUACCUUGAUAGGAUAUAAUUUUGAUCCUGCAAUAAGUAAUGAAUUAAAAUCAUCAAUUUCCAUGAAUUUCAUUAAUGAAGAAAUCAACUUGAUAGAUGAGUUUUUCAAAAAGGAUUUAUUAGCAUUCUUAAACGAUAGUAGUUUAGAAUUUGAAAGUCCAACUCAUUUAGAUACAACAGGUGCAGCAGAUACAGAAUCGAGCAGUAGCAAUCCUAAAGUUGGUCCAAGUAGUUCUGGAAGUGGUCUUAAUACCAAUACUGAUUCAAUUCUUAAUAGUCGAGAAUUGAUUAAACUACACUCAUUAAUAAAUUUAAUUGAUAAACGAUUAUUAUCAGUUCAUUAUAAAUCAAAAUAUCCAAUUAUUAUCUAUAAUAAUUUCAUAAGUUUCAUUCUUAAUGAUAUUUUAAAAUUUAUAUUUUUAAAACAACAACAAUCACAAUUACAAAAUUUACAUCAACACCCUAAUGAUCCAUCAGAUAAUUCACAAAAUAGUUUUGGGAACUGGUGGGUAUUUAACUCAUUUAUCCAAGAAUAUUUGAGUUUAAUGGGAGAGAUUGUGGGAUUACAUGAUACUUUGGAGCCUAGUCAGUAA